UGUGGGAAAGAGUGUAAAAUAUUUUAAUAAUUAGCAAAUAAAUAAUUGUAACACUGUAGUUAGAUACUUCCUGAUUUCUCGAAAAGUGUAUAUAAAUAAUUUUACUUUGUACACGAUAUGGAUGAAGUUGACAAAAUUAUAAUACAUUCCUUAAAGCAGAUUGGUUGUAAAUUAGAACCCGAUGAGGAAGGAGAUGACGUAGCUUUUGGUUUGCAACAUUUUACACCGAAUUUAUUAGUGAGGGCGGUGUCUAAGUGCCUGCAAGAAAUUAAUCCCACUAUUGCUGUACCUAAGUCGCUACCCGAAAAUAUGGCCCAAAGAUUUACAAUAGCUACUCUCUUGGGUGAAAUGUGCGGCUCUUGCGGUUAUCGCGGCGACAUAGGUUAUCAAACUUUUCUCUACCCGAACGUAGUGGAUGUAAGGCGUUUAUUUAUGUUUUUAAUUGAACAUUUACCUAAAGAAUUGGAAUCUAGUACGGAUGCGCAAACGGGUGAGGAGAAAAAUGACUUUAUUUUGUUAAUGAGAGAUAUCAAACGGCAAAUAGCCGUACAGAUGAAAGCGCCAUGGGUUCCGCAGUACUGUAGAGGAGUAGCAAAUAGAAAGGCUUGGGGCUGCAGCAGUCAGUCAAUACCCUUUGACCCACAAGUAAGUUUAAAUAUUCCCGGUAGCUAUGAGGGAAGCAACCCUCAGUCCCAAAGGAAUAUAAAUUCAAUCAGUUAUCAAAUACCAAAUGUAUUUCAACAAAUCGCAGAAACUGGCCAUGAUCUUUUAAGUUCGGUUUUGCAUAAAAAUUCCAUAGAUGUAUAUGAUUAUCAAGAAUUAUCUUUAAAAGGUAUGUGUUUAUGUUUAAAAGACUCUACAAAUAGUUCCAACAACUCAACGAUAACGCAAACGGAGCCGACCGUUAAUGCCAGCCAACAGCCAGUUAUUUCAAAUAAAACUAUCACAGCUUUUACCACAUUAGAACAGCUAACUCAGGAAGUAGACUCGUUGAAGCUGCGAAACGAUGAAAUUCUGAAUAAACGUCAAGUAGCCAGUUCUAAAUUAAAUAAUUUACGUCAACAACAGGCCAAUACAUUAGCAAUCACAGAACAAUUGCGUAAAGAUAUGAAAAUUCAUGAACGCUGUUGUAUGGUGUUAGAAAAUCCCGAUGAGAAUCUCAGCAAACUAAAAGAUUUGAUUGAAAAAACGAAAGAACGUAGACAAACAUUGGAAAACCAAUGGAAAUCGCAUAGGCAACCCGCUUUAGAGAAGAUCAAUGAAUUGCAAACGUUAAGGCAAGCAAAAAAUUUGCAAAAUAUACAGGAAUUAAGAACUAUAAUAAAGCAAUUGGAAACUACUUUGAAGGGAAAAAUUAGUCAACACGUUCAGCUUGGGGAGGAAUUAAAAAAAGCAUCCUCAACAUCUGCUCCGCGAAAAGAAUACACCCGUCGUAUACACGAAUUUAUAGGCAAUAUUCGCAAGCAACGCAACGACAUAUAUAAAAUCUUAGACGAUACCCGUGAUCUUCAGAAACAGUUAAAUUCAAUAUCGGCCCAAUUGGAACGACAGUUUAACUAUACAGAUGAUCUACUUUUCCAGAGCGCCAAGCAUGAUUUGCAUGCUAAACAGGCUUAUAAAUUUUUAGCGUCUUUACAUGCAGCUUGUAAUGAAAUCUCUGAAUUGGUUUCACAAACUGGACAGACAACAAAAGAAAUCCGCGACUUGGAGAUACAAAUUGAUCGGGAACGCAUGCGAAACAUUGCCACAAGCUUAGAACAAAUAAGUUCAGAUAUACGUAAUUUCGAAACAGUUAUUAAGACAAUGCAAGUGGAAAUAAAACAAAUGGAAAAUGAAAUAACCACUGGGUAGAUGCGAAGAAAGUCUAAAUCAUUCUUUCAAUUGCUUAAGGGGCCAUGAAUGGAAUCAUAAUGUUUCAAAAUAUCUGUUAAGAGGAGAAACCUAUUGCAAACAUUUGUUUGCUGCCCUCGUUUUACGAGUUCUUAUAUAUGAGCAAAUACAGGUAAAGGGCAAUAACUUACCUGUUUUCUUUCAAAGAU